AAAACCUAUGUUUUUCUAGCACCAAGAAUAGGGACAUAUCUUGUCCAAGCUAAAGAGUUUACUCUGAAUAGUCCUGAUAAAUUUAUUUUUACAAAAGAAAAACAAUAACAUCAACCAUCAGCACUCAUUUGUUUAGAUUCUUUAAAUGAUUCUUUAGGCUUGAGACUUCAAUUUCUAAAAGUCCUUUUCAAGAAAACUCUUGAAGAACUUUUCUUUAUUUUCUUUAAGAUUUCUUUAUGAUUCUUGAGUGUAGUUUUUCUUUGCCCUUAAUAGAAGGAAACAAGUUCUCUCUCUCUCUUUCCCUCUCUAUCUUUCUUCAUGAUCUCACCAAAGUUAUUGCAAAACUCUUCAGCACUUUUUUCUGUCAUGUAGACAUCUCUUAGCCCAUAAAGUUUUUCUUUCUUUUUUCUUAUUUAUUUCUUGUCCUCUUUCUUGUUUCUUAAUUCACAUCUCUACUAUUUCUUUUCCUGUGGCAGACAACUUCCCCUCUGCAUUCUGCAACAUUCUUCUGCUUUGAUUCUUGAAAUUUCUUGGAUCCACUCACUCCUGCGGAAAAUCUGUAGUUUCUUUAUCUUUUUUUUGGUGGUCCUGCCUAUCCUUUGAAUUUCAAGAAUUUUCUGCUUCUCUUCUUUGACUUACAAGUCUAACAGAACUUUAUCAAUAUUCUUCUUAGCCCGUCGUCUUUGAAUUCUUUUAGCUAUUCUCUUUUUCAAUAUCCACUCUUUCUUGAACUAUUUUAAGUCUUUUGAGAUCUCUCUUAGUCCUGAUAACCUCCUGUUUUCAUGCAAGUUUCUUUAUUGCUUCCUUCUUUCUUUCUGACAGUAACCUGAAGAACUAUAGGCACCAAAAUAUGUGCUCACAAACAAGCCCUCGAAUAUCAUUCUCCAAUGAUCUUAGCCAAGACGAUGAUAUACCAAUCGAUCGAAGGGACACAACCCUCCUGGAAUCGAGUUGUGACUUCGAAUUCAGCAUUUGCAGCAGUAUAGACCAAUAUUCUUCCUUAGCAGAUGAGCUUUUUGCAGAUGGUAUGAUCCUUCCUGUCCGAGUUCCUGAAACAGGUUUUUCUCCUCCCAAUAAUCGAGUGCACAGAUAUGAUGAAGUUUCACCGAGAGUUUCAUCACUUCCUCCUCUUCCUUGUUCUUCUAUUAAUGGGGGUAACUCAAAGAAAGAAAUUAUGGUUCUGAAUUCAGAACUGGAAGAAAAGACUCAAUCCAGCAAGUCAUUCUGGGGAUUCAAGAGAAGCAGCAGUCUUAAUUGUGAUAUCAAGAAAAGUUUAUGCUCAUUGCCACUUCUUUCGCGAAGUAAUUCAACUGGAUCAGUGCCAAAUCCUAAGCACAAACCAACAUCAUGUAAGGAUUUAAGCAAGAACAAUUCACAGAAGCAACUAUCAAGGAAGUCAUCGGCAUCGCCACCUGCUUCUUCUGCCAGUACUUAUGUGUAUGCUUUGCCACAUAAGCCUCCAUUGAAGAAACAUUACGGUGGAUCUCAUGGCAAGAAUAAUGGUCUCAAGUUUAGUCCUGUGCUAAACGUGCCACCUCCUUACAUUGCUAAAGGAGCUGCAAAUCUUUUUGGUUUGGGAUCUUUUUUUCGCAAUGGAAAAGAAGAGAGCAAAAAAUGAUUGUUCUUUCUUGACGAAAUUUAGUGAUUAUUUUAUAUGACAGAUGAUGUGAGUUCUUAUUAUUAGCUUAAUUCUACAUAUGAUGUUAGAUGAGGAA